AUGACCCAGUCCAAGGCCGACAAGAUCAACAAGGUCCAGGCCAACCUUCCCCUUCCCGAGCAGCCCCCCGUUGCCUCCGACUGGCAGUCCGCCGACGCCACCAAGGUUAACGUCGGUAGCGGUGGUAACGCCGAGGCCCCCAUCGGCCGCGACACGGCCGCCACCUCUGGGUUGCGCGAGCCCGCGUCCAAGGACAACGUUGACCUGAGCAGCGUCGGCCGCCAGGGCGUCGAGGGUCUCGACGGUCCCCCCAAGGAUGCCGCUGCCAGAAAGUAA